AUGUCGGACGCCGAGGAAGAGCCGAGUAACCAGCGCGCGCUGCUAAUCCCCGUCAAGAACUCGGAGCAGGCCGUCGAAGUGUUUGUAGAUGAGCUACCGGAGGACGUGAACGAUAUCAUUGACAUCUUGCGCGCCGAGGUGGCGCCGCUCGACGUGUGGUUACAAUUCGCUGUGGAGUACUAUAACCAGGGCCAUGUGGCCCAGUUUCAGGAGAUCCUGGCUGUAGCCUCAGAGCCAGGUAUCGAGGAGAUCUACAAGGACAAUGCGUCGCGCAUGUGCCGCAUCAAGUUCUUCAUCGCGCUAGCAAGCCACGCCGUGAACGCCAUGUGGAAUGAGGAAGAUGAGAAAAAGCGCGAAGCAAUCUCCCAACGCGCCGUGGGCUUCUUCCAGCGCGCUGAUCGCUUAGAUCAUCAACAUCCCAUGACACUUGUGGGUAAAGCUCUUAUGUUUAUGGCCAAGAACGAGGACGAUCGCGCUGAUCGCUUUAUCAAAAGUGUGCUCAUCUCCAACAAGACCAACCUCCCCGCGAUCCUGGGCAAGGCGCUGCUGCUGUAUCGAAAGAAACAAUACAAAGAUGCCAAGAAGCUCUAUCUAGAAGCCAUCAAGCUGCACCCGCGCAGUCCUCAGGCUGCCAACAUGCGCAUGUGCUUCGCCUACUGCUGCUACCACUUGGGAGCAGUAGAAAAAGCCCGCGCGGUCAUGAAAUACACAGCAUCUUUGGAUGAAACCAAUGUGGACGCAGUGAUUGCGAGUGCACUGUGGCAACUUGCCAGCCAAAGUCGAGAGGAACGCGCCGUCAGCAUACGCGACGAAAGCUCGCGCUUUAUGAUCAUGAUCCACCACGCGCACGCUAUUGACAAGACGAACCCCACGGUGCUGAACCAUCUGGCCAAUCACUAUUUCUCCCAGUGGAUCCCGUUGCCCUGCACCGUUAGUGUGGUGCGUGGAUCUGCUGUUGUGGCCACCUCCAAGGAUAUUUCGAGUGAGGUCUCUCCUGGUCAGAUUAUCUGCAUUGGAGACAAAUACGUUGCCUACAUUAGCCGUGAUGAAGAUGCCGUAUCGUCGUCUGGACUGAAGCUUGAUGGACCGUAUCGUGAUGAGUCCGCGACAGCCACGAACAUUGCACGGAAGGACUACGACAAGAUGUUCACACUUGCUGGCAAUGCCUUCCACAGCACUAAAAUCCCAGAAAUCCGCUCGGAGAGUUGCUAUCUCAUGGGUCGUGGCUGCCACGCGCAGGGCAAAUACAAGGACGCUUACAGCUACUACUUCAAUGCUGGUCGUCUUUGGCCCAAGUUCGUGUUGCCGUGGUUUGGCCUCGCGCAGAUGUAUUACGAGCGCAAGGAGUUUACAAAGGCUGCAUCGUAUUUGGAGAAGGCUAACAAGGCGUACCCGGAGAACGUGGAGAUUUUAUCGCUCCUCGGUGACGUCUAUGGAAAACUGGGCAAAAAAGAUGAGGCUGUAGUAUUGCUUCGACGCGUUGUGGAGUUAGAGCCAGGCAACGUGGAGGCUUUGAUUGGCACGGCUGAGUUGCUGCAUGGAUCUCCGGAACGGAAGGACCAGAUUAUUGCCAUCUCUUCGUACAUUGCGGCGGAGAAGGUCAUGAACAAUGCUUCGGAACGAGUGCCUAUGGAAGUUUACGUCAACUUAGGAGUUCUUCAGCAACGUGUCGGCAAGACUAGUGACGCCAUUACAUGCUUUAAGAAGGCACUGACACAGUUGGGCGAUGAUAGCAGUGCUAAUGAGGAAAGCAAGUCAGAGGAAGCUGAUGCUCUGGCUGAAGAAGCCUCAACCCCAAAGCCUACAGAAGCAAAUAUCACCAUUCUGUACAAUAUGGGUCGAGUGUACGAGGAAAUGGGUAACCGUGAUCGUGCUAAAAAGCUUUACGAUGUGAUCCUGGAGGUUUUCCCUAGAUACACGGACUGUUUGCUGCGUUUGGGUUGUAUGCUGCGCGAUCGUGGUCAGGAGGCUGAGGCGAUCAAGACGUUCGACAAGGUUCUGGAGGUGGACCCGACGUGUGCCGAAGCCUGCUUGCUUCAGGGCAAUAUUUACCUAAAGAAACGCGAGUGGGUGUUUGCUCAGAAGAAAUACGAAAAGGUGAUGGGAAUGCCUGGUCUCAAGAAUGAUCCGUACGCAUUCUUGUCUAUGGGCAACAUCUUCAUGAGCAACCUUGGCGAAAAGAAUCGCUACACCAAGAACAUGUCGCUGAGCGAAGUGUACUACAAGAAGACUCUGGCGUCCCAUCCACACAAUAUCUACGCUGCUAAUGGGUUGGGUAUUAUGAUCGCUGAGAAGGGCAACUUUGAGCUGGCCAAGCAGAUUUUCUCCCAAGUGCGUGAAGCGAGUCCGGACAUGCCUGAUGCGUGGAUCAAUCUCGCACACAUUUUCGUCGCUGAGGAGCGUUACCAGGAGGCGAUCCAGCUCUACACGGUGUGUCUGACCAAGUGCUACCAAGGACAAGACCUCGAAGUACUAUUGUAUCUGGCUAAGGCUUACUACGAGUCGAAGGACUUCCCGAGCUGCAUUGCCACGCUCUCCCGUGCCUUGCACAUGUACCCGAACGACCUGCGUCUAUGGUACAACACAGGUCUUGCCCAGGAAGACUAUGCUGUGAUGACGCUAGGCCAAGAAACUACUGUCACCCGGUCAGGCAGUGGCAGUGCAGUGCCCCAACUUCGUACAAUGGCAGACGUACAGCGUGCGAUUCUGGAUCUGAAGCGAGCGCAGCGUAUUUUCCGCUUCCUGCUCCAACAGUCCGAGGCAAGUGCCAGCUCUAGCAAUAGCGAGAAGAAGAAGCACCACAACAGCUUACCAUUUGACAAGGAGAAGGUGUCCGAUCACGAAAAGUUCUGUGGUGAUACGCUGACGAAGGCGAGUUAUCACUUGGAGUUCGAGCGACAGAAGGAGGAAAAACGUCGGUUGGAGAUCGAAGCUCAACGCAAGCUGUUGCGUGAGUACGAGGAGCGUGUGGCUCGUGAGCAGGAGGAGGUACGUGUGAAGGAGGAAGACACGCGUAGACGCCACGAAGAUAUUCGACUCAAACAGGACGAGCGACUGAAGAAGCUGCACGAAGGCUGGAGUGUGCGUGAGCGAGAGGAGGAGGAGAAGAAGGUGGUCAAGAAAAAAGGAGGCAAGAAGCGCAAGAAAGCAGAAGACGAAGACGGCGGCUUCAUUGAUGACGGAGAGGACGAGGUGGAUGAGGACGGCGACAAUAGUAUGUCGAUUGAGGACAUGAAGAACCGGAACUCGACUAUGAAGAAGCUGGUGGAGAAGCGCAACAAGCGCGCGCGUGUGGAUUCCGGCUCGGAAGACGAGAAGGACGACCCGACAGGUCUCUUUGGCUCGGACUCGAGUGACGACGAGCAGGAGGAAUCCAAGCCAAGUGAAACAGAUAAUGACAAAGACCAAGCAGACAAGCCUGCUGAGGAUGAUACAGCACCGGAAAGCCGCGAAGCAGAGAAGAACGAGCUCUUUGGCUCUUCCUCCGAGGACGAGGAUUAG